UGACGUUGUCAAGUCGAAGAAUGUUACAUGCUUCACAACUGUGCCAACUAUUCUUCAGCAUUUAUUUAGUUUUUUGCAAAAAUCUAAUCAGGUUACAGCUGUCAAAAGUCUACGAUCGCUUUGCAGCGGUGGUAUGUAAAUUUUGCCUGAUAGUAAUUUUAUGCCAAGUUUUUCUACAUUUUUAUAGGUGAAAUAUGUUCUGUCAAUCUCGUAAACUUAAUUGUAAGUUCAGUCCCGCAUUCCUGUAGAGUAUGGAACUUAUACGGUCCAGCCGAAGCAACUAUAGUUUCUACCUUCCAUAGAAUACAUGUUAUAACAGAUGUCAGUAACGUCUCAAUCGGUAGACCCCUUUCCAAUUACCGAUGUAUAAUUGUGAAUCAGCAUUUACAAUCAUCUGCCAUCGGUCAAGAAGGUGAACUGUUUGUAGGUGGAGCAGGUGUGUUUGCUGGUUAUCUUGGACGUGAUGAUUUGACAGCAAAAGCUCUUAUCGAAAUAGAUGAUCAACUAUUUUAUCGAACAGGUGAUCUUGUUACAGUGGAUAACAAUAGUCUUCUUCAUUAUCAAGGAAGAAAAGAUCAUCAAAUCAAACUACAUGGACAACGAAUUGAACUUGGUGAAAUCGAACGAUGUUUACUUAACAUUACAUCUAUAUCUGCUUGUAUUGUCAUGAAAUGGAAUGAUGAUUAUUUAGUUGCAUAUGUUCAAAGUUCUGAUAUGAAUGAACAGGAAUUGCGUGAGCAUUGUCAAUCUCAUCUUCCACCACAUAUGAUUCCAUCCAUAUUUAUUAUACUUGACAAACUACCUUUGAAUCAAAAUGGAAAAGUAGACCGAAAACAACUUCCUCCACCCGACUUUUCUUUAUCGACUUUGUUAUCGUCCGAUAAAUGUGAUACUCCUCUUAAUCAGCUCGAAGAACGUAUACACACUAUUUGGUGUCAAGUUCUUCGUUGCGAUGAAAAUCAGAUUUCUAGAACUACCAGUUUUUUUAGUGUUGGUGGUCAUUCACUUUUAUUUAUUGAACUUUAUCAUCAUUAUCAAUCAGUAUUUGACUUUGAUGCUCAUACACUUUCGAUUGCUCCAUUUCUUCAACAACCAACUAUAUUUCAACAUUCACGAUUACUUCAGACAGUCAUAAUGAAUAAUAUCAAGGCAGCACAAUGGUGCAGCUUACAUAUUAAUGAAGGUAUUGCUUCUUUUGCCCAAGAGCGUAUCUUUCUCGAUGAACAAGUUCGUUUUUCGAGUGAUAUUGCUAUCUACAAUGAACUGUCGACUUUACAAAUUGUUCAAGGAUCAUUAUCAUCCAAUCGUUUAUUACAAGCCUUUCGAUAUGUUUUGAACAAACAUAAAAUAUUACGUACAUCUCUUAUGUUUAACAAUGAUAACAGUAGUUUGAAGCAAUGCAUCACAGAUAUACAUAAAACAUUUACAAUAACUGUCAAUCAAACAUUUGAAAAUGAAAAUGAACUUCGAGACAUUAUUCAUCAAACAACUAUUAGUCCCAAUCUCUUUGAUUUAUCGACUGGUCGUGUUUUUCAUGCUGAACUUCUGAGACAUCAAAUCUCUUUAGAUGAAAACGAAAAUAAAAGCAAUGAAUUUAUAACUAAGUCUGAUGUUCUUCUCAUUGUUUUU